AUGGCGAACUCGGCUUCUCAGCAGACCGAGGAGACAGGCGUGAUCAUCUGUGGUGGCGGCCCGACAGGAACUGUACUAUCUGCCUUACUUGGUUUGAUGAACGUGCCGAAUGUGGUGCUAGAAAAGGAGAAGGACAUUACCACAGAUCCAAGAGGCAUUGCACUGGACGAAGACGGUAUUCGAAUCUUGCAAUCGAUCGGCAUAUAUGAUCGAAUAUAUACCGAAAUUGGAACAUGUAUGGAGGUGUUCAACUUUGUCACAGGCAGCUCUGGAGAUCUGUACAAAAAGCCUCUGAUCCAGAUGGACUAUAGCACCACCGAGGGUGGAACGGGCCACGUCGGCUUCAUAUGUCAUAAGCAACCAGCUAUGGAGAAAGCCAUCAGGGACAAACUUGAGCAGAUACCUUCUUCCCAAUUACGACCAGAGUCAACUGUUAUAGGGAUUCAGGAGACGGACGACUUUGUGACCGUGGAAUAUCAAACAGCAGACGGAACCACGCGUAACCUGAGAGCUCCGUUUUUAGUAGGGGCGGAUGGCAAAACUGGAUUCGUGCGAAAACGGUAUCUCGAAGAUAAAGGAAUUGUCCUGGAGCGUUGUGAAGGCUCGACAUAUGAGGAGACAUGGGUAGCUCUGAAUUGGAAGAUCACCUUGCCGACCGAGAAGACGCAUCCCAACUUUCCCCUGUGGCGACUAGGAUACACUCCGGAUGAGGUGUACGACCUCUUCUUCCCCAGACAGUUCAGAUUCAUCUGCAACCCCAAAAGGCCCUCGGUCUGCGGAAGAUUUGGACUCCAUCAGGACAAACUCUGGAGAUUCGAGUUUGUCGUUCAGCGAGGCGAAGAUCCUUAUCAGAUGGCCACUUUUGAGGAGACAAGCAAGAUCAUCUUUCCCUACAUCACCCAUCCUGGCAGUCGGUAUGGCCUGAACGAGCCCAUCAGAUUCCCUGAGGACUGUAUCGAAACGUUACGAUCGCGACCUUUUUCGUUUGUUGCAAGAUCAUGCAACAGAUGGUCUCAGGGUAGAGUGAUCUUGACUGGUGAUGCCGCGCAUGUUUUCCCUCCUUUUGGAGGCCAAGGAAUUGCUUCAGGCUUCAGAGAUGCGCUGGCACUUUCAUGGAGGCUCGUGUUCCUCCAUCGUAAGCCAGAUACUGAUCACGAGAAACUACUGACCGCGUGGUAUAUGGAGCGAAAGCAACAGCUUGAAAAGUCCCUUGCAGCCACGAUCGUGAAUGGUGCAUAUGUGACAGAAGCCGAUCCGAUCAAGGUCUUCCUACGAGAAUGGUAUAUGUGGGCGGUCCAACUUGUUCCUAGCUGGAAGCGAGAGAUCCAGAAAGGCCCCCGUGCUGCAGGGAUGACCAAAUAUCGAUAUAUGAAUGGGUUCCCCUUUAUAGGGAAUAUGCUUGGAGGGAUAAACUUACCGCAAGUCUAUGCUUUCGAUCUAAAAUCGAAGCAAAUCGCGUUCACUGAUGAUUUGUUGUUCUCACCGGAGAAAAGGGGACUUUUUCAGCUCCUCAUCUUACCAAGAAGCGUUGAAGAGACUGAAGACCUAACAAAAGAUCUCAAAGAGAUCGAAGACGUCUCCAAUGGCUUGAUCCGCGCAGAUGAAGCAACGGUGCUCAUCCAGUCAAUUGACCCAAGACUGUCAUUAAACGGGCGACAUUACGACCAGACGAUUACUCGACUCGCUAUAGCCGAAGAGUUCGCUGCUGAUCCCGUAUUGUGCCAGAAUCGACCGCCACCUAUUGGGUACGACGAAUGGCGACUGGGAGGGGAGGUCAAGCAUAAAAAGUUUGUUGUGGUCCGUUUCGAUAGGUUCACAUUUGCGGCGUGUGACACGAGUGCCCAGCUAAAGGAUGUGGUCCGCCAGAUUGAGAAAGCCCUGCAUGUGAAAGCCUCGCUUUGA